AUAUAUAUAUUAUAUAUUUGAUAACCAUUGUUGCAGGAAACCUGGGCCUUAAAAGUAUUACUCUCUGUAUGGCUUGUGCAUUUUCUAAAAUCCAGAACUUGAGUUCUUAAUAACUGUUGUUAUUAUGCUUCAGUGAUCUAACUGAUCAUUUCUUCUUCUCAAAUCAAAACAAACCAAAUUGAUUGUUUAAAAAUACUCGUGCUCGCCAUUUUCUGUUAAAAUAGAAAUGUUAUAAUAAUGACAAUAAUAACAUUAAAGUCAGUGACUCCGCCUCGCCGCCAGGCGGCAGCACCACGACGCGUCCUGCGCGCUUCUACUGUAGUUCGGAGGAAGAAGGGAACUUUCCCCGGAAAAGAGUGCAGGCUUUGCCGGUAGAUCCCACGCCUCGUCCCCCCCUCCCGUGUUAGCGUGUUUCGCGGGUCAUUGUGGUCCUCUCUGGGGUUCUGUGCCCGCCAUGCAGCCUGCAGGAGGCGGCGGGCCUCGGCCUCUGUUCGGCGGCGCGCUGUCGGCCGUCCUCCCCCCCGGAGCCCGAGACGCCAGCGAGCUGAGGGAGAUCCCGGACAACCAGGAGGUGUUCGCCCACCAGCACGGCGACCAGAGCCUGAUCGUGGAGCUGCUGGAGUACCAGGGCCAGGUCGCGGACCGGGACGCCGCCCGCUACCACUUCGAGGACAUCGCGGGUGGCAACAAAGCUCUGGAGCCGGGCUCCUUCGAGGUGACCGGCGUGGUGCAGGUGUCCGGGUCCGAGCUGUCCCUGACGGACUGCAGCUCCGCGUGGACGCUCACCGGCACGCAGCGCGUGUCCAAGUUCAACGAGCAGGCGAGGAACACGGUGAGGCUCCACCUGGGUCUGUUCCGCCUGCCCCGGUUCUCCACCGACGUCCUGGUGACCUUCAACGACCCGCAGAGCAUCAGCCCGGACAGCAGCAGCGCCGCCGCGGCGGGAGGGGGCCACGGGGAGCCGUGGACCGUGCAGGACUUCCGGGGCCUGCUGCGGACUCUGAGCCUGCACGACCCGGGGCUGUUUGGGUAGAACGAGCGGUUCUCUGGGGCCACAGGAAGGACCCGGCUUCCUGGACGCUUUGGAAGCUUCUGUGUUCUGCUCUCCAUGUGGACCUUCUGACCUGUUGAAAUGAGUCAAUGAACGAAGAGCUGAAGGUGUCUAAUAAACGUGUCUGAUUCAAA